UUUUAAAGCGAGCACAAGACUACUGUAGCCUCACUCCUCCCAGCGCCUCCACAGCAACCGGCCAGUCUCGGCCCAGCAUGGCGCGAGGCCUCGCACUCGUGCUAUUCUUCGCAACGCUCCCCACUCUCCUGCAAUGCGAGUCCCAGAAGCUCAUAGUGUUGUUGGUGGACGGCAUGAGAUGGGACUACCUGGACUAUGACGGGUUUGGGGAGGGUGGAUUCCGUCGAAUCAUGCGUGCUGGGGUGCGAGCCGAGUACCUACAGCCCGACUUCCCCACAACGUCCUACCCCAACUACUACAGCAUCAUGACAGGUCUCCACUGUGAGAGUCACGGCAUGGUCGGCAACUACAUGUACGACAUCGUCAGGAACCAGUCCUUCCUUAUCGGUACAAACCCAGACCAAUACAACGCACACUGGUGGGACGGAGGAGACCCCUUCUGGAUCACUGCAACCAGACAGGGAAAGAGGACGUACAUGUACUACUGGUGCGGGUGUGAGGUGGAGAUCCGGGGCCUGCGUCCAACCCAAUGCCAGAAGUACCCCAACAGGCCCCCCACCAUCAAUGACACCCGUGGUGCUCUCACAGACGCACUGAACAAGCUGGAGGCAGACACGGCGGACUUCGCAGGAAUUUAUUAUGAGCUAGCAGACAAGUACGGGCAUCGCAGUGGGCCCUUUAGCUCCUUAGUGAUGGGCUUUUUACGUGACGUUGAUGCUCAACUUGCCUUCCUGAUGGAUGACCUUGACCGACGCGGUCUCACGGACAAGGUCAACAUUAUGAUAGCGUCCGACCACGGUAUGACCGCUAUUUCCCCGACAAGGACGAUAGAUCUGACCAGGGUUAUGAGUCCAGAUGAUGUCUUCAUGACUAUGGACAGCGGGACGCCUGUCUUGAUAUGGCCGCGACCAGGGAGGCUGGAGCAGUUGUAUGGAAAGCUCGCUGGGAUCUCCGACCACUUGAAAGUGUACAAGAAAGAAGAUAUUCCAGAAAGAUGGUAUUUAAAAAAUGGCCGACUCACUCCACCUCUGCUGGCAGUGGCGGAUAUCGGCUGGACCAUUCUCAUUCCUAAAUACCCUCAUUUCCCUGCUUCCUCCGCGACUAUGGGUCCUAUGCAGGGCACACAUGGAUACGACAACACUGAACCAGACAUGAGAGGGAUAUUUAUAGCCACUGGACCAGCGUUCCGUAAGAACGAGGUAACUGUCCCACUAAAGGUCACAGAUUUGUACCAGGUGAUGUGCAAGAUCGUCGACAUCCCUCCUUCCCCCCACAACGGCACGUGGGACAACGUCAGCGGCAUGCUGGCUGAGACAUCAUCAUCUGGAACGUUUUUCCAACCGCUUACUGUAGUUCAGGUGGCUCUGCUCAACUUUGUUGUAUUUUCUUAAAUUUCAGAUUGUCAAAUAUAUAUAUUUCCCGUCGUAUAUUUUGAAAUGUAUACAUUAGAGAGAAUGUCUUUUAUACAAGUAUCUAUCUCUAUUUUCAAUAGAAAUAAAUAUUGUUAUGUUUAAAAUAUUGUGUUUCAUGAUAAAAGCUACAUUUAUAGUGAACGGACAGAAUAAGAAAUUAGAGAAUAAGGCAUGUGUAUUUUACGAAAGCACAGAUCACUUCAAAUGUCUGAAAGGUAGAAACAAUAAAAUCGAAGUUCAAUGUAAAGUCAA